AUGCCUCCAAAGAGAAAGGCGGCUGACAGUGGUCGGUCUAGCAGCGCCUCCAAGCGACCUACACCCAUCCCCGAUACCACCGAUCUCUCCAGCAGCGACGAGUACUCAGAUGACGGGGAUGAUGAUGUACCGGAGCGGAACAACUUGAAAGAGGUUGUUAGCAAGUUCUCUCUGGAGUCAUUCAGCAAGAAAUCGCAGCUCGGCAAAACCGAUCCCAGAUUUGGUUACAAGGACCUUUCUUACCUCCCGCUCAAACUUGACCACUACAACCGACCUCUAUGGAUCGAGCCGGUGAAAGGCACGAUCACUCUUGAGAGUUUCUCCCCGCUGGCACCUCAGGCACAGGACUUCCUCACCACUAUAGCUGAACCGCUCUCUCGUCCUACCCACCUUCACGAGUACCGCCUGACAGGUCACAGUCUUUAUGCGGCGGUAUCGGUUGGUCUGAAACCCCAGGACAUUGUCGAGUUCUUGGAUCGUCUUUCGAAAACCCCUCUGCCGGAGAGUAUUCGAAAUUUCAUUAUCGAGUUUACGAAAUCGUACGGCAAAAUUAAGAUGGUUCUGCGACACAACCGAUACUACGUAGAAACGGUCGAUCCGGAGAUGCUGCAGCGAUUGUUAAAAGACGAGGUCAUCGGUCCACAAAGAAUUGAGAGUACCGAGGGAAUUAUCGAGCGCGCGGCUCCGAAAAUGGGAGGUCUUGUUAUUCCUGGAACGAAGGAUGCGGCCGGUGUAAGAGAGACCGGCACUCAACAGAACGCUGCUGCUGCGCCACGGGAUGAAAACGAAGAGGCGGCCGUUGAUUACGGGAUCGACGAUGUUGGUGACGUCGAUGAAGCCAUCACAUACAGUUUCGAAAUCCCUCCCGCCGGAGUCGAAGUGGUCAAAGCCCGCUGCCAAGCGAUUGGAUGUCCUGCCCUAGAAGAGUAUGAUUUCCAAGGUGAUACUGUCAACCCCAAUCUCGACAUGGAUUUGAAACCUGCUGCUCGAAUUCGUUCAUACCAGGAGAAGAGUCUCAGUAAGAUGUUCGGCAACGGACGUGCAAAGAGCGGAAUCAUCGUUCUUCCUUGUGGCGCUGGUAAGACCCUGGUGGGUAUCACCGCUGCAGCUACUAUCAAGAAGGGCACCAUUGUUCUUUGCACAAGUUCCAUGUCUGUGGUUCAGUGGCGAAAUGAGUUCUUACGAUGGACCACCAUCGACCCCGGCGAUAUCGCUAUCUUCACAUCUGACCACAAGGAAAAAUUCAAACGGUCUACUGGAAUUAUCGUGUCCACUUACUCCAUGGUGUCACAGACUCGGGCACGUUCCUACGAUGCCCAGAAAAUGAUGGACUGGCUCCAAUCGCGAGAGUGGGGUAUGAUGAUUUUGGACGAGGUUCACGUCGUGCCAGCCUCGAUGUUCCGAAAAGUCACUUCUGCUAUCGCCGCACAGAGCAAACUUGGACUUACUGCUACUUUGUUGCGUGAAGAUGACAAGAUCAAGGAUCUGAACUUUUUGAUCGGUCCCAAACUUUACGAAGCUAACUGGAUGGAACUUGCCGCACAGGGUCAUAUCGCCAAGGUUCAGUGUGCCGAAGUCUGGUGCCCCAUGACAACCGAAUUCUAUUCGGAGUAUCUGCGGGAGAGUUCAAGGAAGCAGGCUUUGCUGUAUAUUAUGAAUCCCCGCAAAUUCCAAGCAUGCCAAUUCUUGAUCGACUUCCACGAGAAGCGAGGAGAUAAGAUCAUUGUCUUUUCUGACAACGUUUAUGCGCUUGAGCGAUAUGCACUCAAACUGAACAAGGCUUAUAUUUACGGUGGAACCCCGCAGAAUGAGCGAAUGCGUAUCUUGGAGAAUUUCCAGCACAACGAGCAGGUCAACACCAUCUUUUUGUCCAAGAUCGGUGAUACUUCCCUUGAUCUACCCGAAGCCACUUGUCUCAUCCAAAUCUCAUCCCACUAUGGCUCGCGUCGCCAGGAGGCCCAACGACUGGGUCGCAUUCUCCGUGCUAAGCGCCGUAACGAUGAGGGCUUCAACGCGUUCUUCUACUCACUCGUAUCUAAGGACACCAACGAGAUGGUUUACUCGGCCAAGCGUCAAGCCUUCCUUGUCGACCAAGGCUACGCCUUCAAGGUCAUUACCCACCUUCAAGGAAUUGACGAGUACGAAGGGCUCUCCUACGCUACCCCUGCUGAACGCCGCGAGCUUCUGCAGGAAGUCAUGCUCCAGAAUGAGUCCUCGGCCGACGUGGAACAGGUGAAUGACGAUCUAUUCUCCAUGCGCACCGGAGGCAAGGGCCGAGGUAAGAAGCCCACUGCCAAGCGUAGUGCCGCUACUCUCAGCGGUUUGGCUGGCGGUGAUGAUAUGGCUUACAUUGAAUACAAUAAGAGCAAAAACAAGCAGCUCAAGGACAAGGCGGGACACCAUCCGCUGUUCAAGAAGAUGGAACGGGAACGGCAACGCCGCAAGAAGGAGCGAGAGACGGCGCAGUAA